AUGCAAUCAGAGCAGAACUUCUUCUCUCUUCCAUCAAUCUCAAUGAUGAAGACCAACAACAUGAUGCCAUCAACUUCAACAUCAUCCACAUCUACCAUAGAGCAGGCUGCUGUCAUUGGUUAUCCAAACGAUAUGAAUGGAUACCAAGAGUACCAGACCAACCUAAAGAAGAGACAACUUACAUCCUCAUCAGAUGAGGAGGUUAAGAGACCAAAGAUUACCAAAGAGUCAGAGUCAUCUAAUGACACUGUUACAACUACUGCUGAGGAGAAGCCAAAGAAGCCAAGAAAGAACGAGACCAUCUGCACUGUUUGUGAGAAGGGAGACGAGUUGCUGAUGUGUGAUGGCCCUUGUUUGCGCUCGUUCCACGUUGAUUGUCUUGGUCUGGGCUCAACGCCCGCACCAAACCAGCGCUGGGAGUGCGACGACUGCCUCAACCAACAGAAUAUAUGCUUUGCCUGCAAGAAGCGCGGUAUCGUCGGCAUGGACCUGAUGAAGUGCAAGGUUCACCAGUGCGGCAAGUUCUACCAUCACAAGUGCGUCGGUGACUUCAAGCUGGCCAAGGUCGUCAACAGCAAGUCCCCACGUUUCAACUGCCCACUCCACUAUUGUGAGACCUGUGGCGUCUCUGGCGAUGGUAAGCAGUCGGUGCACUGCUUCCGCUGCCCCACAGCCUACCACGUCAUCUGUAUGCCACCCGGCGUCAAGAUGCUCACAAAGUCCAAGGAGACCAGAAAGACCGGCCUCAUCCUGUGCCCCAAGCACUACGGCGAGCCCGCCCCACUCAACGCCAACCAUCUGGCCUACAGUAACAGCAACGUAAACAACAAUAGAAUGUCCAUGCAACACUCGUGCAACGGCCACCAUCAACACCAUCACCAACAACAACCACAAGUGUACAACAGCAAGAUGCACUUCCCACCUCUUGACCUGGAGGGCAGCAGCAUGCUCUUCACUCAGACCAGCUUCACUGCACCAUCCACACCAAACACACUCUUCUCGCCAAUGUCGCCAUCGUCGCCAUCCGAGUCUCCCAAGCACAACAACAACGCCUCUGAGUACCUGCCAUCGGCCCCCUCGUCGCCAAUGAUGAUCAGCAACGACGCUCCAACCCCCUACGACACACCAAAGUACGCGCCAACUAAGCAGCAGCUGCUCUACCAGAUGCAGCAGCAGCAAAGAAUCAACCUGGAGAAGGUGCGCUCCGAGCUCGAGCGUCCACGCUCAUCCUUCAGCAGCAAGAGCAACUACGUGCCCUCGGUUUCCACCGCCCCAUCGCCCGCCCUCUCACGCUCCAACUCUAGCGAGAACCUGAUGAUCGACGAGCUGACCUCCUACGCCACCAGUCUGAUCUCCAUCCGCGACAAGUCCCUUAAGUCAUCGCAGCAGUUGCCAUCGCCAUUCCAGCCACUGCGCGAGUCUGGUCGCGACCUCUCCAUGCUCGUGUCCAAGGACGACGACAACCACUUUGACCAGAACAAGUUGAUGAGCCAGUUCUUCCAGUUUGCUCAGACCAAGAAGCUUGGCAUCAGCACCUCUGGCAGCGCGUCCAUCCUCUCUGCGCCCACCACGCCCAACUCCUCAGCCUUUACCCUGCACCAAGUGCCCUCUGGUCGUGGCUUUGCCCUGUAG